UCUCCGAGAGUUCGCGAUGGUGAAACGGCGCGGAAAAGAGCGCUGAGUGACUCGCGCAGGAGAGGAGCAGAACUUUUCUCUCAGUGCGGUGUUGUUGUUUUUUUUCCUUCGUGAAUGGAUAUACGGCGCGUUACGGGGGCUCUGAAGUUUGGAUCUGAAGUUUCGGUGGUCUGUCUUCGCCUGAACUUGGAAACUUCGGAAACUCGGGGAACUUUGGAAAACUUGGGAAACUUUGGAGUGUUGUGUUCUUUUUUCUUCUUCUUCGCGUUCUCGCGACGCUUUUUGUGAACUGUCUGCCGUUCAUGGACUCGCGCCGCGCUGCGCUCGAGGUUUGCUGCUGGUCGAGGCUUUCGGUGCUGACUCGCGCUCAAAGCAGACCCAGAGAGAGGUGACCGUCGGCGGCGAACCAUGUCCAUGCUGCCCACCUUCGGCUUCACGCAGGAGCAAGUGGCGUGCGUGUGCGAGGUGCUCCAGCAGGGGGGCAACAUCGAGCGCCUGGGCCGCUUUCUGUGGUCGCUGCCGGCCUGCGAGCACCUCCACAAGAACGAGUCGGUGCUCAAGGCCAAGGCCGUGGUGGCCUUCCACCGCGGCAACUUCAGGGAGCUCUACAAGAUCCUGGAGAGCCACCAGUUCUCGCCGCAUAACCACCCCAAGCUGCAGCAGCUGUGGCUCAAGGCGCACUACAUCGAGGCGGAGAAGCUCAGGGGGCGGCCGCUGGGAGCCGUGGGCAAGUACCGCGUGCGCAGGAAGUUCCCGCUGCCGCGCUCCAUCUGGGACGGUGAGGAGACCAGCUACUGCUUCAAGGAGAAGAGCCGCACCGUGCUGAGGGAGUGGUACACACACAACCCCUACCCGUCCCCGCGCGAGAAGCGCGAGCUGGCCGAGGCCACGGGGCUCACCACCACGCAGGUCAGCAACUGGUUCAAGAACCGGAGGCAGCGCGACAGAGCGGCGGAGGCCAAAGAAAGGGAGAACAACGAGAACUCCAACACGAACAGCCACAAGCCGCUGGCCACGUCCAUGAACGGAAAUAAGACUCUUUUGGGGAGCUCGGACGACGACAAAACUCCAUCUGGCACCCCGGAUCACACGUCAUCCAGCCCCGCGCUGCUGCUCACGUCCGGUCCUGGCCUACAGUCCCUGCACGGCCUGGCGCCUCCGCCUGCGCCUAGCGCCGUUCCCGUGGCCAGCGUGGACUCCGUGCACCACCACCACGCCUUACAUGACAACAUACUGAACCCCAUGUCGUCAAACUUGGUCGAUCUUGGUUCUUAAAAGAACUCCAACAAUAACAACAACAAAGAAAUGCUCACGUGGAGCCCGUUUGAAAAAUGAUGAAUAAAGGACGCCUGUACGAGGACGACUGCACAACACCUCCAGACUUUUGUGGAGCGCUUGACAAAGCGAAAAAAAAAGCAGAAAAGAGAAAGAGAGAAGGUAUUGAACAGAGUAACAGAGUAAGUCGUGGAUGUUAUUUUGGAAGGGUCUACGCGCAAAGCCAAUGAAAACGUCCUCGAUAAGGUAUUUUUCUAGAAUGUAAGUCUGUUGUUCAAAGCCACAGAACUAAAAGGGUCUUAAUUCUUCUUAUCGACGUCGUUACUUUAGAGAUUUCAGUAGAUCCGUUAACCUCUCAGCCGUAUUUGUUUACAUGUUAUUUUCUCUCUUGUUUUCUUUUUUAAAGGCCAUAGUAAGUUGCAUUUUGAUGGGGUGCCGUCUUAUGAAGUGUUUUUAUUACAAGCGCCGCGGUUAUUAAAAUGAUCUCUUCUUUUUUUUUCAUUUGUAAUUUUUUUUUGGAAAGCGACUGCAUGUAAACUUUGCGAGAAUAAAUAAUAAAAUAUAAGCUCGAUCACACCAUAGUUUCAUAUAGCCUUUCCAAUAAAAGCUAAAGUGCAUUUAUUGAGCCAA